ACCACUUCUCUCCCAAUCCCCAGAAAUGCUCCCAAAUCGAACCACCGGCGCCGGCAAACCGAACCCUGCCGUUCGUCAAGUCUUCCUCCACCUCCGUCUCCUCCCUGCUUCUUGUGCCUGCAGCUGCUCCGGCGACGGCGACCCACGUCUAGGCUCUACCUCCAAGAACCACUCACUGUAGAAAGCAAAGAAGCUUCUCCUCCUCUCCAUUGCGGUGUUGCCAUGGCUGGAUAGCAGACCUUUGGCCGUGUCGUCACCUUGAUUCCUCGGGCUCUCCGAGAAGCUGUCCAGGCGCGGCGGCCGCGUCGUGACCUUCGUCUUGGUGUCCACCCGGAGGGUGAGGGAGGAGGGCGAGGAGGACAUCUCACCUCACCUCGUCACUUUCUGCAGCGUCUGUUCCUCGAGCUCUCUCCGCCACCUACCCGCCCGCCCCCGGGGUCGCAGCGGCUGCCAUGAGAAGAUAGAGUUAUUAGUGCCGGACAUCUACCUACGAAGUUCAGCAUGGGUUCGGGGAAUUUGGUAAUGAAGAGGGUGUUAAAGCCCAGCUCCUUUGAUCUGGACAUACAAUUUGAUCAAAGUUGGAUGGAGGAUGUUACAUGCCCAAUCUGUCUGGAUUUCCCUCACAAUGCAGUCUUACUGAGGUGCACCUCUUAUGAAAAGGGUUGUAGACCAUUCAUAUGUGACACGGACCAGACUCGUUCAAAUUGCCUUGAGAGGUUUAAAGGUGCUCAUGGGCUACCAGCCAAUGUGAAAGUCUCAUCUCGUACUGUGGCUCCCCUUGAUAGCAUUCAUAUCAUUUCAUCUAAUGCAAAUAACCGCCCAGCUUGCCCGUUGUGUAGAGGAGAUGUGAUCGGGUGGUUUGUUAUUGACGAGGCUCGCUUGCAUCUUAACCAAAAGAAAAGAUGCUGUGAAGAGAGCAGCUGUUCAUAUGUUGGUAACUUCCAUGAGCUUCAGAAGCACACCCAACAAAAACAUCCAAAUUCAUGCCCUUCAGAAAUUGAUCCUGCUCGCCGGGUUGAUUGGGAUAAUUUGCAGCAGUCCUCUGACAUAAUAGAUGUCUUGAGCACAAUACAUGCACAGGUUCCUAACGGUAUAGUUUUGGGAGAUUAUGUCAUCGAGUAUGGGGAUGAUGAAGCUGGAGAUGAUUAUGAAGUUUUCCACAGGGUUAGGGGAAACUGGUGGUCAUCCUGUCUUUUUUGCAAGGCAUUCUGUAGAUCUUCAGGAGGCCGAAGAAGAGCAAGAACAAGGGAAAGGAGAGGCAGUGGAAGGAGCAGCAGCAAUAGAUCUACUCACGAAAGCUUUACUCUUGAAGUGCCCACAAGAUCUGUUGACAUAAGAGAACACAGAUUUGAUGAAAUUGAUGACGAGUAUAUAGUUACAGGGGCCAUGCCUAGGGUUGCAGCAUCCAGGAGAAUGGCCAGUCAUUACAGGGAUCCCAGAUUUGGACACCGGCGUUCUCACUCCUAGGAUCAACUGGCAAAAAAAAAGGAAGGCCACACUGAUAUCGGAUGCAGAAACAAUCAGAAUCGUUCUACCUCUGCUCAUAUCUACCUUUUUUUAAAAAAAAUUCUCAGCCCAAAUUUCUUGUGCAGAUAAGAUAAGAUAGCAGGAAACCUUUUCUUUGUUGUUGAUUCACAGCGGAUUUCAUCAUUUUAGGUUCUUUGGUGCAAAUAUUUAGCUCCUACCUUAUAGCAAUGUUGAUCAACCUUUCUGUUCUGUGAAAUCCUUGUAUCCCAAAAUGUUGCCCUCAAACACAGUAACUUUUAAAGGAAGUGCACUCAAAUUUGUCAA